CUCCUGUCGACGAGCUGAGCAUUCUUCGAAUCUGCGCGCUUUGACCCGGGCCAGUAGGUGCCCAGCUUGUUUUCAGGUCUGACCAGUCGACAUGCGCCAUUUCUCGCGCUUGUAGCCGCCGCGGCCAUUUUGGCUGAGGGCUGGAAGACAAAGCGACCUGAUGACACUCGGGAUGACGUCAUGGGGGGCGCGAAUGCGUAGGAGCAAAGUUCGUGAGGCCGUGUUGCCGCCAUUUUUUAUGAAGGCAUCUUCCCGUUCUGAUUCUCGAUGUCCCUUCAGCCAUCAAAUCUUAGUUUUAUCCACGGCUCCUUGAGAGGCGAUUCCUGGUUUCUCUCGGCGUUAAUGAACGAACUCCGACCCUUGCGUCUGGCCUGGGGAGACGCUUCUUGAGCUCGCGAGGCUCCGCAGCCUGAGGCCCGGCUAGGGGAGGUGACUGCCCCAUCACCGGGGCUGGCGGUUCCCAUGGUGCCGCCUGUAGCCCCGCUCCCCGCCAGGGAACCAAACGGGUCCCGACCCAAGUGCAGGAAAGCCGAGCCCGUGAGCUUCGGGGACGUGGCCGUGUACUUCUCCCCCGAGGAGUGGGCGUGUCUGCGGCCCGCGCAGAGGACCCUGUACCGGGACGUGAUGCGGGAGAUCUACGGCCACCUGGGCGCGCUCGGUGAGAGCCCCACCUACUCGCCUGGCCCCACAUUCCGCAUACAACCCGCUCCGUCUGUGGUCCCUGCACGUGGCUUGCGAAGCCUUAGGUCCACACGUCGGAACCUCGUGGGGCCGCCUCCCCUCAGCGUGGGCUUUGCGUUCUUUCCCCCAGGAUUCCGAGGCACCAAGCCAGCCCUCAUCUCCUGGGUGGAGCAAGAGGCCGAACUGUGGGGUCCGGAUGCCCAGGAUCCAGAGGCAGGAAAGGCUCUGACAGAAGCAGACACAGCAGAUUCCAGAAACAAGGAGAAAGGACAAAGGGAAGAGACAGAGGCACUGGAAAAGAUCCUUUUUAUGCCUACUCGGCCUCCUGGGCUGAAGAUUCUCAAACCCCCUCCUGCUGGGCUCCCUUAUGGUUUGGAACAGCCAUCCAGGGUACCUCACCGGGGCCGUCCCCCACUCUGUGCCCACCCCCCUGUUCCCCGAGCAGACCAGCGUCAUGGCUGCUACGUGUGUGGGAAGAGUUUUGCCUGGCGCUCCACCCUGGUGGAGCACCUCUACACCCACACAGGCGAGAAGCCCUUCCGGUGCCCUGAUUGUGGCAAGGGCUUCAGCCAGGCUUCCUCCCUGAGUAAGCAUCGGGCCAUCCACCGUGGGGAGCGGCCCCACCGCUGUCCUGACUGUGGCCGGGCCUUUACCCAGCGCUCUGCCCUCACUACCCACCUACGAGUCCACACAGGCGAGAAGCCCUAUCGCUGUGCUGACUGCAGCCGCUGCUUCAGUCAAAGCUCUGCCCUCUACCAGCACCAGCGAGUCCAUAGCGGCGAGACCCCCUUCCCCUGCCCAGACUGUGGCCGUGCCUUUGCCCAUGCCUCAGACCUUCGGCGCCAUGUGCGCACCCAUACAGGCGAGAAGCCUUAUCCGUGCCCAGACUGUGGGCGCUGCUUCCGGCAGAGCUCCGAAAUGGCAGCCCACCGGCGUACCCACAGUGGCGAGCGCCCCUACCCCUGCCCCCAGUGUGGCAGGUGUUUUGGCCAGAAGUCAGCCAUGGCCAAGCACCAGUGGGUCCAUCGGCCUGGUGCUGGGGGGCGCAGGGGCUGCCACAGUGUCAAUGGGUUGCCUGUGUCCCUGACUUCUGGUCAAGGGGACCUGGACCCACCUGUAGGCUUCCAACACUACCCAGAGAUAUUCCAGGAGUGUGGGUGAUGGCUUCAAAGGUGACAAGGCAGAGGGUGAAGAUCUAGACAUUGCCUGAGGCCCAAGCUGGGCCAUGGGGCCUGAGCCUCUGGUGGUCUCCAAGGAGGACACAGAAUUCUUGGCAAGAGCUGGACCUGGGUGAUGAGGACAAUCUUGUCUUCAGCCCUCACCAGCUUGAUCUGCUGACACCGUGCUCCCUUUUGCUUCAGACUCUAGAAGCCCCAUUUGCUGAAGCCUCCUUUGCUGAGGUGAGAACUGCCACGAUGCCUCCACGGUGGGGAAGAAGAGGCUGUCCCUCAGCUCAGACGUGUUAAGAGAAUUGGGGUAGAAGAGAGCCUUCUCUUACCCAUUGUCUUUUUACUUUAUUGCAGAAGUUAAAAACUGAUGGUCCCUGUACUGUAUCAGCCUUUGGCUGCCUUUUCGUUUUUUGGCCGAGAUGGCGUUUUAAAACGUUAUGAAUUAAUGAUCAAGAUUUAAAAAUUGGGAUAUUUCACAGAAAUUCAGGUUUCUGACUGCUCUUGAAAAGUCCAAAGAUUUGGCAACUUGGGCUAAACUCUCACAAAACUACAACUGGCAGGAGCUGAGUAGCAGCUGUUCCCUUUUGACGGAACCUGUGCUCUCCAGUUCACCAUGACCCUGCCACCCUCAUAAAUACCUGGGGGAGGGACACCUUGCUUUAGAGAGGCCAGCCCAGUCAUGAAGAGGCAGUCAGGACUGACUCUUGUGCCUUCAGACCAAGUGGUAUUUCUUCUACAUGAAAACCCCACUCACCCUAUUUUUGAGGGGGGAGGCUCUUAGAGCUCCUUCCAGUCCUCCUGGGGCCUCCCUGUGAGAGCUUUAUAGUUCAAGCCUUCUUAGCCACCCUAGACAGGUGGGCCUCAUACAUUUUUGAAUUAGAAGAGAUCUUAGUCCCCACCCCUGGGAAGGCCAAGCAGCCUAUCCAGGGCUCCUAGUUCACUGCUGCUUUACCACACCACUCCUGAAUUCCUUGUAAGUGUCUCAGGCCCACUCCCUGGGGUAACACCAGGCAUUGACCUGGACUUGGACUGACCAGUUCAUUGUCAGCAAAGACCAGGUACGAGAUGAACUUGAAACAGUCUUAUAACAGACCAAGGCAAGGGAGAAGCCAGCCUGAGAUGAGCAUUCCAGGGCAAAAGCAAAGCUUGCACUAUCACGCUCUUUAGGUAGCCACCAUUAUGAACAACAGGGGACCAGGCCAGGAACAUUUGUGGUUAGAUCUGUAGCCAGGAGCUGUAGCCAUCUUCCCAAGCUCUGCACAGAAUCCCUCCCCUACCACCUUACGAUUUGAUUAUCCAUCUACCACUGUUCGCUUUCUGGCCAGAACCCAGUUUUGUCCAGGUGAUGGAACUAGCUAGCCAUAGAGAGACUUCAGGAUAAGCUUUCACCUCAGAGACAUAGCAGAAGCUUCUGUUCUUUGCUGGCAUGUGUGCAUUUGCCCUAUUCACUCAACUAAACCUGGAUCUGGCCUAUCUUGGAGAGGGAGAAACCAGAUUAGUUGUAAGCUAGUAGUGUUAGAGAUUCUCUAACUUUAGGAGGGGGAAUAAGAAUCAGCAUUGGCACAAAGCUGAUCCCUGUGACGUGGAGGUCAGAUAUACCUCCACUCUCCAACUUUUUUACCAUUCUGACGUGAGCAAUCCUCCCCAGGGUACUACUUGUCUGCUGGGUUUGAUGCUUUGCAGUGGCCACACACAACUCACAGACUGUACUCAAAAUUAUGUGGUUUAUUAGGGAAAUAACAGACAGGCUACAACUUGGCAUUAACUUGGAAGUAACAGGAACAACGUGGGAGACAGCAUACAGUUCAUCCAUCAGGACAGCUUCCAACCAAGACCGCUUUCAGCUCCUUGGAAAUGGUAGCUGGCAGGCCAUGCUUGGGCUUUUGUUGCUGGCCCACACUAGGGCCUGGCCUCUGCCACCAGGCCCCCCUCAGUCAAGUGCUACAGCUCUUUUGGCUCUGCAGUCAAGUGCCCAGAGGCACCACACUGCCAGCAAGCCUCCUACCCGAGGGGGCUCAGUUCUUGCUUCGUAGACCAGGAAGCCCACCGCAGCUGUCUUGCACUGGUCUGUUUCUUGCUCAUACUGUCUCAUGCCUUCUCAUGCUGUCUCUUGCUGUCCUCGGUGUUACAACUCUGUCUUCUGGGUCUAGGAAGUUCUCAUAGCAGGGAUCCUGUGUCCAAAGGGCAUGCCCCACUCCCAGCUUUCUUUGACGGUACUGAGGUCCCCCUCCAACCUCUGUGGAAUGAUCCUUUUAAGCCUAGCAGGAUAGUGAAACGGACCAAUUCCCUAGGUAGACCACAGUCACUUAAUUUGCUUGGUAAUUGACCAAUCUCUGCAAGAGUUUUUCAUACCUUAUUUCCAUAGCAAACUGUUAAUCCCUUUGCAAGAUUUUGGCCUAGAAAAUCACCUUGGCAAAACUACAAACCCAGGGCCGGAAAGGCCAUAUAUAAAGAGAAACCCACUGUGCCACAUUAGUCAACCUGGAGAAACUUCUAAAGGAAGAGGUAGAAAAUUUAAAGAAAAGGCACUGUUCAGGUGAAGUGAUGAGCUGAGUUGAUGCCGACAUAAUAGUCAAAUUUGACCCCACCAAGGUCUCCCUGACCUUAAGCUUUUCUGGGGAAGAUUGAUCUAUGUGCCACUUAGUCACAAAGGGGAUAAGGGGUGAGAAGAGGCACCUUGGCAGUAGACAGUACCUCAGUGCCAGCUUUUAAGCCCCCAGAGGAGCUUGUGAAUAACCCCUUUGCUCCCCUAGCCUUCAGCUUUGCCUGGGUAAAGCCUGGUUUGCAGCACCAGUACUCAGCCCAGAAUCAAAGCCAGAUCUGGACCCCAACCUUAGCUUGCCAAUUAAAGGUGCCAUAAAUUACUACUCUGAGUGCUUUGAAGUUUGCAAGACUUGCUUAGGGCCCAGAAACCAGACCCAACUCCUCUUCCUCCUGUCCUCAUGACCCAACUUUUUGUCAUCCAAUCAGGUUUUGAAUAUCAUGAAGCCCUUAAACCUCAUUCUUAGUUCCUUUCUUGGUGUGGUAAGGCCCCCUUUUUCCUCUACUACUGCAGGCUGAGACCCAGAAGCAAUUUAAGCAGGGCAGAGGGCUCUUCUAGGGCUUCGUUGAUGUUAGGACCAGAUUGGGAGAAUGCUUGUCUGCACCAGACAGAAUGGGCCCUAUCUGCAUGGUCAGUUAGAGUGAGAAGUACAGGCCAUGACCACAGGGCCCAUCCCUAGCUUGUCCAAGAAAGUAAAGAAAAAAAGGGAGGCUGUUAAUCUGAGCUCCAAGGACCCUUAUAAUUCCUUGGAAUGUUUUUUAUAUGUGUCUUUCUAGAAACGGAUGUGCAAAGAAGUCAAAGCUGCUCUAGCCUGGCAUUUUUUUAAGUAAAGCCCCCUGUUAGAAUCACAUGGAGUACUUUUUACAAAUUUAGCUCCCUGGGCCCGGCCCCUAGCCUAGUGAACCAGAAUCUGGGGGGGGAGGGAAAGAGGGGGAAUCCUACGCCUGCUAAAGUUUGAGAACCACUGCUCUGAACAAAAAGUUAUCUUCUAGCUGCUCUUAGUUUUGCAAAAGUAGGGGAUUGGUUCCAGGCCUGUUCCAAAUGUAUCAGGCUAGGAGAUGACCUAGCCAUACACAGAGACUCCCAUUUCCUGUGCUAUGGCUGGCCUCUUCAUGUUGUAUAUACUGGGCCUGACAGAGGGCCUCUUAGAGGGGCUUGCCCUUUGCAUGCAGGAAGGGAGCAGUUCGUGCAGAAGCCCCUCCCACACUGAGAACCUUUGCGAGGGGUCACCUUAGUGUGUGGGGCCUGCGGUGUUGGCUGAGUUGGCAGGACCAUAAGCCCUGGGGGCACACUGAAUGGCUGCUAGGGUUCUGCCCUAGUGCUGCUGCACACCAGGGGAUGCUGCUGUGGACAAAGUGGGUGGCCAACUCAGGACACACAUGUCUCCUCCUCACCAUGGACACAGUGGCAGAACAUGGCUCCGUGGACUCCCGAGUUUUUCCUGCUUUGAAUGAGCUGGUGCUGGGUCAAACUGGAACCCUUGUCAGAGGCUUCCCUACACUUUGAACCUCUCACUGCUGGGGACUUGUGGCAGGCCAAGGCUGGCCGCCUCUUGAAGGCCUAUUGAAGUUUGCAAGGCUUGCUUAAGGCCCAGAAGCCACACUCUGAUGCUGAAGGAGGCUGGCUGGAGGUCAGCCACUCUUCUCCCACACUAAGCACUAAAAAAAAAAGCACUAGCAAGCCUGAAAUUCCACAUGGAAAUGCUGGUGCCAGAUCAGCUUGAAGCUCUGGCUCAACUGCCACACUUGGGGCUUGUGGCUUCUGAUAUGAUGUGUGCUGGCAGUGGACCAUGUCAGAGCUGUGGCUGGAGGCCUUGCCACAUACUUUGCAAGAUUUGGCUGCGGUCCAGUGUGAAUUUUCUCUGAUGGGAAGUGUCUCAUGAAGGAGACACUUGCCUUGCCUUCCCUGGCGACCUUUAACGCCUCAUUUGUUUCUCACCUGUGUGAGUGCAUUGGGGAUGAUGAGGGAGUGCUCCAGGGCCAGCUUUUUCCAUAAUCAGUGUGUUUGUAGGGUGUCCUGCCUGUGUGGGUCCUCUAGUGCUGGACCACAUGAGCCAUUCUUAGCAAAGGUUUUAGGACAAACCCCACAGACACUGGGAUGGGAGAGAGACAUACAGCCGGAAGCUGUUCCUCGGGAGGGCAGAAAGAUACCCAUUUCAUUUGUGGAAGAAUCUCUGAGAUUCUAUUUGUAAGAUCACUAUUAAUUCUCUCCAGCCUUUUACCACCUGGGAUUCUCCAAAUU